AUCUAAGGGGGUAUACCAACGGUCGCAAAUCGGCCCCCUUUUCCUCAACAAAAUUUUUAUUUCAGCCAUUCUUCACCUCCACAAUCCACAAUCCCCACCAACCACUCAACUCCACCAGGGGUCACCCACAGGCUCCCCAACCCAUACAUUAGAGCGUCAAGGACGACGACCACCCUAUAGAGCAGGGAUAAUCAAUCCACCGGAGCGGAGCAAUGUCGAGCUCGGUCCACAAUUCCAAAUCUGCUGGUGCCGGCGACUUAAACAACAGCACCAACGACGAUGGCAACAACAGCAGCAGCAACAACAACAAGGAGAGAGGUGGGGAUGGCGAGUCUUCAUCAUCAGUUGGGAUGAGCCUCACAAGCGAUGAGGUCAACUAUCUUGUGUUUCGGUACUUGCAAGAAUCGGGGUUCGUCCAUUCUGCGUUCACGUUCGUCUACGAAAGCAUGUUGGGGAAAACAAACAUCCGCAAUGGCGAUCGCUCAAUACCGCCCGGUGCUCUCAUUAGUUUUCUCCAAAAGGGGCUACAGUAUGUUGGAAUUGAGGAGAAUCUUCGAAAGGAGAGCAAGAAGAGUCAAAAGAGUAACAAGACCGAAGUGGGGCCAGGAGAUGAGACAGACUUCUCCCUGUUAUCACCGCCAGUUGUCGCCGCACUGACUCGCACCGACCCACCCAUACAUCUGACACUCCCUCCUGCCGCUGCUGCUGCGGCGGUCAAGUCGAGACUAGAAACAGUGGCGAAGCUGCAGGCAACAAGGAUGAUACGUGAACGGGCAGAAACGGCGUCAGCACCAUCAGAUCGCCCGUCUUUGGGCUCGAGUGGAUCAGCACGAGCCGAAAAGGAAUUGGUACCGCAACAGCAACAACAACAACAAUCUCUCGAACAACAAUCACAUACUGGAACAAAAUCUACUUCAACUGACUCUGAGGGAGCUAAUACAGCACGAUCAGCAGCACAUUUGGAUUCACAGCCACAAUCAUCACCACAGGAGGAGAAACAACAGCAACAGAACUCGGAUUCAGGUAAGGCCGCCGUGCAAUCAUCAGCAAGUCAAUUACAAGAAGAGCAGCAAAGAUCACAGGAACAGCAACAACAACCGCAUCCUUCAGACGACACCCGAUCAGAAAGUCCUCGUAAUGAUCCUGCAGAUACGGCAGGAUUGCCAGAACUCUCUGGUUCAUCAAUCGCAUCCAACAAUGCCGCUAAGCGAGGCAAUGGCGAUAAACGAACUCUCAAGAAAAACAAACCGAGUAAGAAGAUACAGCAGCAAGCUCUCUCCGCUGCUGGCAACAAAGUGCUUCACAUGGAAUCGCCAACUCCAGGAUUCGCAACGUUUGAAGAGGCGGUCGCGCAAUUGGAGGCCAAGAAUGCAUCAUCCGCUCCUCAACCAAUGGAUAUAGAAGUCAGCAAUAACAGCAACAACUCUCGAAGCCUGACAGAUGCCGAAUCUUCAAUGUCCUCCUCACGGCCACAAGCAGACUCGACAAAACUUACUUCUGAAAUUGGCCUCAAUGGCCAGCGUCCGUAUCCGCGCAACGGUUCCAGAACAAGUGUGCCGUCAAUGCCGGGAAACGGAAACUUAGCCUUAAUGCCGUCAGACGGACUCAUGUCUCACCCACCAAAGAAACCCCAACAAGAAGAUCUUGAUCAAACAAUGUCUGAAUCAGAAACUCUCGCACAACCUCCUCAAGAGAACAGAAGUACAAGUGAAAGAGACGUAGAGCAGGAAGACCAAUUAACAAAUGCAUCCAAUGACGAAAUUCUGGAACUACGAAUGCACUCCUCCGAAGUAUUCAUGUGUGCCUGGAAUCCAGUCUUCACAAAUUUCAUCGCAACAGGGAGCGGAGAUGCAUCGGCUAGAAUAUGGCAAAUGGGCGGAGCAGAUGCUGCUGCAGGACUCGGUCCAGUCCGGCUUCUCCCGCACGGGGAAGAUCCACGCGACCGAAAGAAUAAAGAUGUCACAACCCUGGAAUGGUCUUCCGAUGGAAAGCUGCUGGCCACGGGGAGCUAUGACGGGGUUGCCAGAGUGUGGAGUCGCAGCGGUGCUCUGCUACACACGCUUCGAGGACACAAAGGACCAAUCUUCUCGCUGAAGUGGAACAAACGGGGGAACUAUCUUUUAUCGGGGAGUUACGACAAGACAACUAUUGUAUGGGAUGUCUCUGGCAACACUGGCUUUGUGGAGCAACAAUUCAACGACCACCAGGCGCCAGCUCUUGACGUGGAUUGGAGAGACGACACAACAUUUGCUUCUUGUUCCACGGACAAGACUGUGAAUAUAUGCAAAGUUGGGGUUUCAGCCCCUCUGAAAACGUACUCGGGGCAUACCGACGAAGUCAAUGCUGUCAAAUGGGAUCCUUCGGGGGACCUCCUAGCAAGCUGCUCCGACGACUGUACUGCGAAGGUGUGGGAUGUAUCAGGUGAUCGUUCUGCCCCUCUCCAGGAUUUCAAGAGCCACCGACAAGAGAUUUACACUGUCAAAUGGAGUCCUACUGGUCCUGGAUCUCAAAAUCCUCAGAAGAAAUGCAUUCUAGCUACAGCAUCAUUCGAUGGAUCAGUUCGACUAUGGAAUGUACAAGACGGGUCUUGCAUUCGAGUGUUCUCUAGACAUCGCGACUCGGUCUACUCUGUCGCCUUCUCGCCGUCUGGAAGUUUUCUCGCUAGUGGCUCUUUGGCUGGUCAAAUGUACAUCUGGAAUGUGGAUGAGGGACGACCAGUUAAGAGCUACAAGGGUAAGGGGGACAUUUUUGAAGUUGCCUGGAACAAAGAGGAAACACGGGUUGCUGCCUGCUUUUCGUCGAACAUUGUUGCGAUUCUAGAUUUUAAGAUUCGGCCAUAAGCGUGACUUCUUCUACAUCCGACAU